CCGAGGCGGCUCAGUGAUGGUGCUGACGAGGUCAUGGAGACAUGUCAUCACGGAGGCUCCUGAAAUGUUAUGAUUUGCAGCGCCCUCACACGCCCCCGAGAGCCUCACACGCCGCCGCGGCCGACCUCACACCUCACCGAGAGCCUCCAUGGUCCUAACACCUGCAUGUAGACGAUGGCGAGUGCAUACCCAGGCGGGCUGGGCAGUGCCAAGGAGCGGCUGGAUGGGCUGGGACCGGCCGGGCUGGGCGGGCUGGGUGGAGGCGGGCUGGGCGGGCUGGGCUUGGCGGUUUCCAUCGCUGGCGGCUUGUCCAUUGGAGAUGGUUUGCACAUGGGCAACAACAACGGAGGAGUAAUAUGUCCAUUAUGUCUUGGGGGCUUGGAGGAGGCACGUGUACUGCCGUGCCUUCACGCUGUCUGUGGCCCCUGCUUGGACUCCCUGCUGGUGGGGACCACCUUAGCCUGCCCCACUUGUCACGCUGAACUCAACCUCGACCAACCGCUUGAUGCACUGAAUCCGCCACUCUUCCUCCCUUCAAUUCUUGACAUGGUGUCUGCUGACGAUGAGAUUACAAAUCCUCCGCCUCCCACCAAUAUGGUCAGUCCCUCGGCACCCCACGUCAACAACCGGGAACAGUUGCCUCCAUUACCACAUCUUCACAAAGAAAUGGCUGGUAAUGGUCGGAAUCCUGUGUAUCUGUGCGCUAGCUGUGAUGAUGGGCGGGGGGCCACGUCUCGCUGUCGGGACUGUAAUGAUGCCCUCUGUGACUCCUGUGUCCGGGCGCAUCAGCGUGUUCGUCUCACUAAAGAUCACUUCAUUGUCCGCUUACCAAAUGAAGAUGGCAAUAACGGUAUUGGUAACAAUGGUAACAGUAACGGAGGUGUAAUUCGCUCUCAUUUUUCUGAAGAGAACUGUCAUUCGCCUCUCAUUCUGGCGUCUCCUCCACCAGCCAUCUCUUCACAUUCUUAUGUUGUUUAUUGCACCAUACAUGAUGGCGAGGCGAUCCGGCUCUACUGCGAAACUUGCAAUGCUGCUAUCUGCAGAGAGUGUACGCUGCGUGAUCAUCGUGGGCACUCGUUCGCAUAUUUGCAGGAUGCUGCCGAGAGCUCUCGAACUGUUACGGUCAAGCUGCUUACUGAUGCCAGGACUGGAAUUCGUGCUAUUGAGGAUAGCAUUGGUGUGACGAAACGGAUGGUGGAUCGUGUAGACCUUCGCGCUCAAGCUGUGGCCAGUGAUGUUCGAACAACGACGCGCCGCCAUAUAACAGCAUUGGAAGAUCGUGAACGUAAGUUGUUACACAAAGUGGAAAGAAUUCGUCAAGUUAAAGGCAAAACUCUUCAGGACCAAAUUGAUGACCUGAGUAGUGCCCUUGCAAGGCUUACACAUACUGUUGACACGCUGGGCUCGUCUGUGGACUCUACCAACCACUUAGAGCUCCUUCAAACACGAGACAAAGUUUUAGCAGAGAUGAAUGAACUAACCUUAAUCAAACGUCAUCUUAGCCCUCAUGAAGAUGAUAAUAUUGUGUUCACUCCUCCUGAUAAUUCUCUUUACCAAGCAAUCAGUACAAUGGGCUUUAUAUCUUCUUCAGGCUAUGCCCCAAAUUCGCUUGCUGUAGGAAAUGGAUUGAAAAAUGCAUUAAGAGGUAAAAUAGCCACUUUUCUGGUGCACGGUAAAGAUCAUCUUUCAGACCAGAGACAUGUUGGUGGCGACCUCGUCACAGUGACUGUUCAUGGUCCAGAUGGCAUGGCUUCAAAGGCCGAUGUUCAAGAUCGUGGCAAUGGAUCAUACUUAGUUAGCUACCGACCCCAGGUUGAAGGGCAGCAUGUGAUUGCUGUACUUAUGCGUGGAAUGCACAUACAGGGAUCCCCAUACACCGUACAAGUCAAAACAGGGCGAAGUUACUCCUCAGUGGGACCUGUACUAUUAACUAUAGGUGGUGAAGGAGAAGGGGAUGGUCAGUUGUGUCGUCCAUGGGGGGUGUGCUCUGAUAAAGAUGGUUUUAUCAUCAUAGCUGACCGUAGUAAUAACCGCGUGCAGGUAUUCAGUCCGGAUGGCACCUUCCACCAUUGUUUCGGAACGGCUGGAUCACGGCCAGGGCAGUUUGACCGGCCUGCGGGUGUGGCUACAGAUAAUAUGGGCAGGAUUAUUGUAGCCGAUAAGGACAACCAUCGCAUCCAAGUCUUUACAUUUGAUGGGAAUUUUUUAUUCAAGUUUGGUGAGAAGGGAAGUAAAAAUGGACAAUUUAAUUAUCCUUGGGAUGUUGCAACUAAUCCAGAAGGCCAUAUUGUGGUUUCCGAUACUCGAAAUCACAGAAUUCAACUCUUCAGACAUGAUGGCACUUUCUUGAAUAAGUACGGAUUUGAGGGUGCACUCUGGAAGCACUUCGACUCGCCACGGGGCGUUUGUUUCAAUCUUGAAGGUCACAUUGUUGUCACAGACUUUAAUAAUCAUCGCCUGCUUGUGAUUCACCCCGAUUUUCAGUCUGCCAGGUUUCUUGGAAAUGAAGGUACAGGGACUGGGCAGUUUCUGAGACCACAGGGUGUUGCGGUUGAUCAAGAGGGACACAUAAUUGUGGCAGAUUCUAGAAAUCACCGAAUUCAAAUAUUCCACCAGAAUGGCAGUUUCAUGUGCAAGUUUGGAAUGCCUGGAUCUGCACCUGGCCAACUUGACCGUCCCAGUGGCAUCUGUGUGUCUCCGGAUGGCUACAUAAUUGUAGUGGACUUUGGCAACAACCGGGUCCAGGUGUUCUAAGGGAUCCCAGAUUGGUAUACUCGCAGAUGUUCUAUAUUUGUUAUGCUCCAGUCUGUGAGCUUAAGCGAGGAAUGUUCAUAUCUCGCCAUAAGUGUCUUGCAUACCGGGUACAAAGUACAAAGUGAUGAAACAUCGUACAAAUUUUACAGGUAUGUGGGUGUCUUGACCCGCCACGAUAGUUCACUUGUUAUUGGAGAAUGAUACAGGGUAUACUUUAAUUGUCAGAGGCUUCAGACUUGUAAAUAUGCAUUCACAUUUUUAUUUUGCGAGCCCAGAAGGGCAGUGGCCUCGAGUUACGGGGGUUGGAUGGACGGGUGAAAGAUUGAAUUCUCUAGCCAUGUAAAAGAAUGAAUGACUGGAUAAAUGGAUUUAAAAUGUGGUGCUCUCAAUAAUUACCUCUGUUCCUUGCCACAAUACUUCUUGUGGUCUUAGACUAAUAUAUACUGUAUCUCAAGAUGGUUACUCAGGGAUCAUGUUUUUUGUUUGGCUUUUGUGCCAUUCCACACACACGUUCAACAUGUUAUCAUCAUAUAUGUGUGUGUGCACACAUGCAGGACUACAAUAAAAAUGCAGUAUGUCUGCAUAUAUUUUUGUAGGACUUUCAGGGUCUGACGAGCAUUAGGUCAAGGUUCUGCUGGCUGAUGUUUGGUGCCCAAUAUUGAAUAUUUUAAUCUCAUUGUAAAAAUAACUUUAUAAAUAUUAUUGCAGACAAGCAAUUUAAUGUAUUUUUAGCAUGUAAAAUAUAUUUUUAGGACUUGACAAGCAAAAUGCCAAAGUUUGACAGAUUUCAUAGAAAUUUGAAAUUGCCAUAAACAUUGUGUACUACACAAAAUAUGUAAUAUUAUUAUAUAGAAAUCUUUACCAACAGUGUUACAGGCAUCAUGUGCACGCCAAGCAGGCAACCUUGACCUGGCCAUUGACCUCUCAGGAAUUGAGCAUGACCCGAUUACCACUCCUCAGUACUACCUCACUCUUAGAGUUAAGACACAGGUAUUCUAAGCUUGUCAUGUUAAUAGCAUAUAUACCAGAUUUUAAGCACGCAUGUUGGUGCUGCUUAAGCAUGUUUUGGAGAUGAAAAUCUAAUAGGCUGGUUGGAGUACGCCUAGCGUUAGUGGUAAGUUUCCUUACAAAAAACGGGUGUAGUAUUUUACGAGAAUAAUUAAGUUUUAUGUAUUCAAUCUAGAUUGUCACUUUGUGACUUUAAUUCAAUUAUAGUGUGCUGGCUCUCUCUCUUUUUUGCAAGCAAAGGUCAAGUUGAUUGAACUUCAUUGUGACAGAAGUUUAGCAAAUUGAAUGGUGCGCAAAAGCCCAAGGUCCCAGUGCUAGUGCAGCCAGUGGGUCCAAAACUGUGGCAUUUGUAUGGGCAAAAGACUAAAUGAAACGGCACAGAAUGGUAGGUUCUUUAUGGGGUUAUCCUUAUGCUAUUGACAAGGCCCGAUGGCCAAACCUUGUCAGUCAUGGUUUCUGCAGCUCAUAGGCUAAGCUUUCUUCAUAGUUGCUGGUGAUAAUGUGCAUCUAACACUACCUCGACUAACUACUAUCUGGUAUUUUUCUGGUAGUGUAGAUUAUUGGCUUGAUGAAGCGAAUCACUCAAUGAAGAAAAUGUGCUUUCAGGAAUCUUGCUUCGAAAGCAAUUGUGUAUUAUUACAAUAUAUACAUUAAAUGCAAUGACUACAUUACACUUGAAAUAUAUAUUUUUUUCUUUUAUGGGGUCAAAAUUACAGGUGGCUAAUUUAAACUUUUCUGGUUUUGAACCUAAAUGGUACAGUACUGUAAAUCUUUGCUUGGUCUUCCUCUGGUAGCUUCUGGUAAAUCAAUGUAGUUCAAGAUUGUAAAUCAUUACUUUUUCGGUUUGUUGACGCGCAGUAACGUACAACUAUAUUCUGUCGAAGAUCUUGCCAAAAUAUUGAACAUCUUUCCUCAGAAAUUGUAGCCUUUUUGUGCUCGGAUAUUUAGGUUGUACUGGUAUGUAAAUCCUCCAAAUUUGCCUACCAGUACAACCUGGUAUGCAAAUACCAGGUUGUCCUCCAUUCCACAAGGUUUUGUGGAAUGAAGAUAUAAAUGCAGGUGUAAUGCUAUUCAUCAGUAUAUUUUAUGAGUUGCCAUUUUAUAUAAAGGCUAAUUAUAUUGGUGAUCUAAAAGUAUUAGUUAUAUUGCUUUUAUAUAUUAUGAAAAUAAGGAAAUCUGUUAGGUAUUGUAUAUCCACUUUAGUUUUAUUACUUGUUAAUUCAGUUUAAUUAAUGGGCAAUGUUUUUGUUUGAUAUUAUAGUCUUAAUGAAAUUAAAACAUGUUCAAAACAUCUCGGAGACUUUGAGAAACUAUAUUAAUCAUUUUUAAAACGACGUACUGUACAAUAAUAGAAAGGAAUACAGUAAGUAUCUAAAGAAUAUAUAAUUUUAACAAUCUAAAUUUUAAGAAAAUAAACAAAUGCUUAACUUGAUAAAGUGUUUAAUAUAGAGGAAUUUAUCUGUUGAUUCUCUGUUUAGAGAUUUCAGUUUUGACAAGAGGUAGCUACUUGCCGCUGUCCAACCUUGACACUUAUCUCGAGAUGACUUCGGGGCUUAGCAUUCCCGCAACCAUUCCAACGUUUUCCCGUGUUUGAAGUCAACCUGCAUUACAUUAAAUUUUCAUCAUUUUCUACCAUAGAGGGUUCAUCACUCACCCAUUUGAAUGAAUAAAGAAAAUAUUUCUUUUAAUGUAUGUCAGUUUUUUCAAUGGUUGGCAGGGGCAGGAUGGUAAGUGAGGCAAGCUGGAGUUUGGGUUAUAAGACAGUAUCAUUUAAUGGGUAUAAUUUGUCUCGUUACAAUUGAUUAUUUCUAUUAGGACAUGUUAUUAUUUAUAAUGGAUUCUAUAGUAUACCUGAGAUUACUUUGGAAUUAGAAACUAUAACAAUAUUUAGAGUAGUCUAGGUAAUCAACACAUGUUGAUCUAUGGCAGUUAUAAAUUUAGGUUGUCAGUUAUUUAGUCCUUGUAUCUUUAAAAGUGAAAAGCACCAUUGUUCCUCUUGAGGAAAAUUACUAGAAUACACUACUGUACUUUAAUGCAUGAAGCUUGAGAGAGGAGGCAAAACUGCAUUUAAUCAGCUUAUAAGUUUUGUGAAUGGCGUGUUAAACAGUUGUUCAUAUACAUUAGCACAUUUGUGCGAAAAACUUAUCCCAAUCUAUCCACCAACUCUACACUUUACAGCAGCAUCAUGUAGGCCUUUAAAAAUUAACACAUCUAUAACAUUAUAUAUACACUAGAUAGAUGAUCUAAACGCAUAGACUUUUUCCUCCAUAUGACAUGGCAUAUUCUACACAUAGGAUAAACAUACCUUGAUCUGUGUGUACAUUGCAAGUUGGGUCUAUUUCGAGCACAAUUGUUUGUUCGUAUUAAUUGGACUUUACGCUAGCCAGUUUACAUUUUAAACCAUUCCCACGUUUCAGUGACUUGUCUAGCAAUUGUGUAAACUUUUACCUUAAGAGUUAUUCUGUUGACGGAUACUUUACUCCAGCAUUUAUUUGUUUAAAUCAAAUUUAAAUUGCACAUGGCACUUGCUGCAUAAUUUAUUGGCAUACCUGUUGCACUGCUGUUGAUAAUUCCAAGGUAAAUUUGUUGUGUAUUUAAUGGGCAAUCUUUUUGCAUUAAAUAAAGAAUGGUUUAUUGACCGAAUUGAUUGUUCUUGCUUGGUAAUUUUUUGGCUAUAGAUUUUUUUUUUAUUAAGUACUACAAUCAUUUUUCACCAUUUCAAGUAUUGCUUGAAACCUUCCUGGUGUUCAGAGACUAAUGAUAAGUGGCAAAAUUGUUAAAGGCCAGCAUGAAGUGGUAAAGAAAGGAAAGAUAAAUGUCAAUAAAAACUUAACACUUGUGCUGUAACGUGGAAAAUAUGGUGACGCAGUCUAAACUAGGUCUUGCGUAGGAAGUUGCUGAUCUGGGCUGUGAUGACCAUAUGGGUCGAUAGCUUGCAACAAUGCUCUUAUUGCAGUCCUUGCCUCAGGUUGGGCUGCAAGUAGAAGACUUGAAAGCAUCCACAGGUUUGAGGUUUAAGCUUGUAAAAAAGUAAGCUAAGUGAAAAUUUGCAAUGCUGAUGCGGGAAAAUACAAAUUCAAUGCACAUGGCAUCGAGACCGAACUACUAGAAGACUAGUCAUAAAUGGUGCUUAUGAUUAUUUAUAUCACACAUUUUGCCAGAGUUCCUAGAAUAUGUUGACUUAAACCAUAUGUAUGUUUGAGUGUUCCUAUGCAUCAUUAGUAGCACAAUUAUCUUAUUUUUAUGUUCAGUGUACAUCAAAGUUGUGACUGUCCAUUCUUUCAAUACCACAGCUUAAGACAAGUUUGAGAAACUUGGUUUACAUAUCGAUGUUUUAUUUAUUGACAGAUGGCUAGGUGAAAAGGUCUAUUAGGUGUGCUUUGUAUUUCCAAUUUACUGAACAGUAUAAAGUAGAUCAGAUCUCGAGACUAUGGUGACUAAUAAUGAAUCAAUGAUCAGUACAAUAUCUUCCUCAUAAUCAAAACUUCCAUUUGGCUUUAUUGGAAAAAAAUUCAUAAUUAACCUAACACAGAUUUACAAAGUAAAAUUGACCAAGUUAGAUUAAAAAAAUUUUAUAAAGAACAUUGCAGAGCCUGAGCUUGGUUUUGGGCGAUCAGUUUUUCAACAUUUCUGCCUAAGGAUAUUCAUCUUGUAAUUUUGUUUUCUAUAUUUCAUUCUUCUUUGUUGGUUUCACAUUUAUAUCUAAUAGUGUAGUUGGCACUAUUGCAAGUACCGGAAUACACGUACUCGGUGACCAAGUAUUGUAACAGAGAGCUACACUUUUAAUGCAGGAAGAGGUAGAGUAGUUGUAGAGACACAUUUAUAUGUUCCUUUUAAAAUGUAGAGCAAUAUCACUAACUUGUAGUUCAAUUCUAUUUCAAAGAAUUCUGCCUUCAUAAUCUUUUAAAUGUAGAGAAUACACGUACAUUUGGUAGAUAUACAUCCAUGGAAAGGAAAUAGAAUAUCAAUUUUUAGUCAUGUACUGUACUGAAUUAUUUACAUUGUAAUUUUACUCCAAAAAGAUAUUUUUAUUAAAUGUGACUGAGCAUAGACCCAGAGUUACAGAAAGUACUUUAUAACUAGUAUUAUAUGAAUGAUCUCUGAUCAUAAGGCACCUCAAUUUGGGUUUUGGGUCAUUUAAAUCGCUAUUCCCUAUAGUUCCUUUUGGGGAUAAAAUCCCUAUGAAUCAUAAAUAAUUUUUUAGCUUAGUGUUGCUAUGCAAUACUAAGUAAAUAUUUAUCAGGUUUAAAGAAAUCUGAUUUUUAUAUCCAGACUAAUUCAAUAUACUGUAACUACAGCAGAGGUUGUAAUCAAUAAAAUGGGUUUAUCACUUUCCCCACUGAAGUUCUCAUACUAUUACUGUUUAGAAUUGCUGGAUAUCUCGUAAUGUCAGUAAUGG